UAAUAAAAUUUAAUCUUCUAUAUCAAGAAUUUUAGAAAGAUAUAAUUGAGGUCAUGACUUCUAAUGAAAAAGAUGCUGAAAGCAAAAAUGAUGAGGUGGCUGGUGAGGCGUCGGAAGAUUCGGAAGAAAAUGAUCGUCUUGCAUUAACUGAUUACAUUACUAAUUUAGAAAUUAGAAUUAAAAAUAAAUCUGAUAUGAGAAAUCAGAAUCUUAACUGCGUUAGACCGCCUGAUAAUUACUUUUCAAAAUUGGAUUCUGGUCUUAAAAAAAACACUACCUUUGUGAAAAAACUCAAAUCAUUCAGUGCUACUCAAUUGGAUGCUUUGAUGAAGGAUUUCAAUGCUCUUAACCUCACUAAAUACAUAUCCGAAGUAGCAGCUGCCCUUGCAGAGGCUAAAUUAAAAAUGUCUGACAUAGCAGCUGCAAUUAAUUUAUGUUCAUCACUUCACCGCACAUAUGCAGAAUUCUCAUCAUUCUUUUUUGAGAACUGGCAAAAAAUUUUGACAUUCAAAGCCACUGAUAAAAUAGCAAACUCGUCAAAAUUACGAGUUGAUUUAAGAUUUUACGCUGAAUUGGUUGCUGUUGGAAUUUUUACUAAUAAGAUGGGUUUGCCAUUAUUGGGCAAUGUAUUGACUGUUCUUAUCAACAUGGAUAAAGAAGAGCACAAUAACAUACCAAUAUUGCUAUCAUUUUGUAAGCAUUGUGGUGAGGAUUAUGCAGGGUUAAUCCCAAAGAAAAUAAAGGAUGCAGCUGAGAAAUAUAAUGUCACUGUUCCUAGAAAUACUUUUCUUCCCGCGGAAAAGCAGACGGCUGUACGCACUCUUUUAAAGGAUUAUUUUGCAUCUCUGAUAAAGCAUCUUCUAGCAGAGAGAGCACAAUUGCAGGCACUUCACGCUGCCAAUCAACGGACCUUGCAUACAAGAGGUGAACUAUCUCAGGAAAGAAAAGAUCAGUUGGAACAACAUCAGGCUACAUAUGAUAAACUCUUAACAGGAGCCCAGAACUUUGCUGAAGUUUUGGGUGAGGAACUUGGUGAAGCUGGUGAGCCCCCAACACUGACACUUAAUGUUAUUGAGACUCAAGGCACUGUGACUAUUGGUGGGAAUGAAGAAUAUACUAUGCAAGCCGCCACUGACCCUUGGCAAGAUGAAGAUACAAGAACAUUUUACACAAGCUUGCCAGAUUUGAAAGUUUUCAUGCCUAACUAUCAGUUAAAAGAAGCCGUUAAAAAUAAAACAGAGACGGUGACUGAAGAAAUGUUGGAUGAAGAUCUAAAAGAAGAUGAGCUUAGUGAUAAUGAAGAAUUGCCUUCUGUUCCUGAUGUGGAACAAGAGGAAGCACAACCAACUAAUAUAUCCAAUAAGAAAAAUUUACAGGACUGA